CUCAUGUGUGUGUGCUUCAGGAAGAUGCCCGAGAGCCCACACGCGGCAGCAGGCGCCACACUAUGAAAGUGGCGCUUCUAUUGGGCACGAGACUGCAAAUGCCUCCUCCAAAGGUUCUGCUGCUCUGAGCUGUCCAGCCUGCUAACAGGCUCCAAGUGCCUGUCACUGCGCUCUGGAAUAGGCGGUGACUCAUAUGCAUCCUUGCCGUCUUCACUAUCCAAACGCUUAAAGUUCGAGCUUUUGUUUGGCCCUCGCAGACCCUGCUUUUGUUUCUUCUCUUCCAGCACCCCCAGCACAGCUCAAGCGGCUUUCUCGCCCUCACAAGUUUGCUGUGUGCCCGCACCACACCAAAUUCGACCCCACCAUCACCUGCACUUUCCGUCAUUGGCCUCUGCCCCUCUGCCCUUCACACGCUCCUUCCUCCAAGCACGGCUACGACUUUCUGCAGGCUUCUUGUCAUUCCAUAAGAGUCCGUAACAGUCUCUACAGUGGUUCUUUUUAUUAUUCACUCUGCAAAAAUGUCUUCACAGGCGAGAGCACGUGCCGGAAAGUAUCAGAAGCCCAAGCGUGGUGGCGGCAAGCAUUUCAGCAGAAAUUUGCAGCCUCUGAACGCAGAUGGCGAGGUAGAGAACAUGUGGGCGCCCCGUGAUAACGCUCAAGAUGAUGAUUCGGACUCGGACGAGGAGGAGUCCUCCGAGGAGGAGAGCGAGGAAGACUCGGACGAUGAGGAGGCGCCCCCCAAGCAAGAAAUGACGCGUGAGCAGCGCAAGGCCGCGGCGAAAGCGCGUAAGGAAGCCGCCAUAGCCAAACAGAAGGCCCGAGCCGCACAGCCGGGCGAGCUACCGCCCUCAGAUAGUGAGGAAUCGGAUGAGGACUCGGACGACGCGCCUGCGAAUCCGAACCACACGGCCAAAGCUCGGGCGCAGACAUCAGCGGCAUCGGCGAUGCAGGAGGCGGGCGAAGCGAAAAAAAAGAAAGACGUCAGCCAGCUGUCGCGGCGUGAGCGUGAGGCACUGCAAGCGCAACAGGCACGCGAGCGGUACCAGAAGCUGCACGCGGAGGGCAAGACAGACGAGGCCCGCGCGGAUUUGGAACGCCUGCGGCUCGUCAAGGAACGUCGCGAGGCCGAGGCUGCUAGACGCAAGGCGGAGGAGGAGGAGAAGGCCGAACAGGCAAAGGUCAAGGCCGAGCAGCUGGAGCGCGAGCGGCGCAUGCGCGAGGCCGCCAUGGGCACCGGAGGACGCGGUGGACGUGGCGGCCGGGGAGGCAAGAAGAAGUAGCGCCAGCGCGAUCCCUCGCUGCUAGCAGCGCUCUCUGUUCUGUACUCCUUUUGUCUUUCCCUUUCAACCUUUCUCCAACCCGGCCCCUUCCUUGUCCGGAGUAGAACUGCCCGUGUGGCACCGGUGGGGAGUUGCUUUCUCUAAACUUGUGCGCGUAUCUGGAGAAGUGGAUCCCUCUCCCUUCGCGAGGCCACCUUCAUACCAGCCGUAUAUGUGCACUUAGCAAGAAAGUUUUUCCCAGGCUCACCCCUUCCACUUCCGCGGGAGCCACGUCGGACGUAUUGCUAAGGAAGACAAGGGGAGGAGCAACGUGUCAGUGGGAGACUCGUCAAGGAGAUGAACUACUGCUUUCUUCUCUGGUUUUUCUUACCUCUUCUUGCUGCAUAGAACACGAAAGAAAUGAGAAAAAAAAAGAUGCAACGAAAACAAAGAGACGUUGGAACCCCUCUGCGCAAGAAUUCAAACUUUGUCCUAUUUAAAAUUUUUUUGACUUUGAUAGACGCCACGAAAAUGUGACCGCCAGAUUUGACGGCCAGAGCCAACGUUGUCACGGGGGACUGAAGCAAGAGCCGCAGUUUCCGUGUCAUGGCGACCUCUUCACUCUUUCAGCGUACCUACACGUUCGAGAUGACCCUAGGACGACCGACGGACUCCGUGAAGAAUGGACAAAGCUCGCUCUUACAAGUGCAAAAAAAGAAACGGGGAGGCCAAUGAAGGAGCAAAAAAAAGUUCCCCAUAUUAUUCUUUGCUUUAAGAAAAGAGAGAUAAAAAAAAAGCAAGAAAUAGCGAGCGAAGUGCCCCCCUCUCGUGCGAAAAGUGGCAUUGUGGGUAUAUAGCCAGAGCAAACGAUGAAGAAUCCAACACAGAAAGGCAGAACAGGGAGAAGAGAAAACAAAAAGACAGGCCAAAAGAUGAAGGAAAAAAAAAAAGUUAAGGCCCAAUAAGGCGCUUGGAAGAAUGGUCGCAAAGGACACACAAUCCGUGAAGCCCCAAUUUUCCCAUCUCGAGAGGAACUCCAAACCUAGUGCCUCCAUUCAACUUCUUAUCCUGCCCUUUCAAAGUAUGUAUCCCAUGGUUGCCAAAAGACAUGCGUAUAGUAAAACACAUGGGUAAGAAGACAUGCAUAAAAAGAAACGCC